AAGAUGGCGGCCGCGCCGUGAGGGGAGGGUGUUGCCCGCUACAAAAAUGGCGGGCGGGGAGCCCCGGUGGCUUCCGCGGGGAGCGCGGCUCUGACGUUGUCUCUCGGCGACGCCGCGGGGCCGCGUGGAUCAUGGAGGGGGAGAACGGGGCCACCCCGGGAUCGGGACCGGGAGCGACCCCCGAGGAGCCCAGCGGGGCCGCCGCGGCUCCGGCCGCGGCUCGGCGGCGGCGGAAAGGCGGCAAGAAGCGGCAGGAGGCGGCGGUGGCCAUCCCGCGGGGCAAGCCCAAGUCGGGACGGGUGUGGAAGGAUCCCGGGAAAAAGAGGUUCUCCCACAUGAUCCAGGACAAGGCGCUCCGCAGCUCCUGGGCACGGAAAAUGAAGGAGAGGCAGGAGAGGAAGCUGGUCCGGGAUCUGGCACGGCAGCUGGAGGAGGCGAAGCAGAGGGAGAAGGAGGAAAAGAAGCGGCGGCGGGAGGAAAACCUGAAGCGGCGCCUGGAAAACGAGCGGAAAGCCGAGAUUGUCCAAGUGAUCCGGAACCCCCUGAAGCUCAAGCGGGCCAAGAAGAAGCAGCUGAGGCGGGUGGAAAAGCGGGAUACGCUGGCCCUGCUCCAGAAGACGCCUGUGAGGCGAAGCAAGGCCACGGAAUGAGGCGGG